AUGGCACCAGGGAAAUCAUUAAAUUUACGUGGUGGUUCAGUUAGUCCAAGUGCAAAAUCUUAUGAAACAUCAGUAAUUAAAGUUGGCGGUGAAAUAUUUGAUCCAGAUGGAUAUAGAAUGGAUGUGACUGUAUGGUUUCGACAUAGAAAUGAAGCAUUAUAUUAUGUGGAUAGUGGUGGUAAUGUCCAUGGACCAAUGGAUCAACGACAUACUGCACGAUUAGGUAAUAUUAGUCGUAGUGGUCAAUUCAUUCCUGGAUCACGUUAUUAUCUUGGUGAUAAUAUAACAAGUGAACGUUUUAAACGACGUCAAUCAGAUAGUGGUGCAUGGGAUUCACGUUCAGAAAUUCAUAAUCAUCAUGUUCACAAUGCAUUUCGUAGUCGUACAUACUCUGAAACUAGACGUUUAAAUGAAUACUCUGAUAAUUCAAUAUCUACACGUUAUCAUAAUCAAUCAAAUCAACAACCAUAUUAUAAAACAACUGCAUCACAUAAUAUAUCAAAUCAUUCACCAUCACAUACACAUAUAUCACGUUGGUCAUCAAUGCAAACAACUGGUACACAAGGAUUAUGGAGAGGAACAAGUGCUGGACGAUAUGCUACUACUUUAACAAGACAACAUAUUAAAAAACAUCAUGAUCCAAUUGAAAUGGUAGUUAAGCAUACACCAUCAGCUGGUGCAUCAAGAGUAGAUCUACUAUCAGUAGAUAAUCGUCAAGGUAGUUUACCACAUUUAUCAGGCUAUUCAAUUCAUAAUACAGGAAUAACUGAACGUGAACAAAAAUUACAAAAUGAAUUAUUAAAUACACAACGUGAAUUACAACAAUUAAAACGAUCAAGAAGUUUAACUGGUGAUCAAAAUUUAACUCAUUCAACUACAUUAAAACAAACAUUAAAAUCAGGUUCUAGCCAAUAUUUAAAUGAUGGAUUUUGGACUACAUAUAGUUUGAAAAAGAAUGAAGGUCAACCAUGUGGUGCACGUAUUGCAGGUAAGUUAUUAGUAUAA